AUGAAGAUAACACUUCCCAUUCUCUCUUUCCUUCUCCGGCAGCUACUUAUACUAUCAGUAUUGCCGCCAUGCUGCUGGAUUAUUCUCACAGACGCCGGCGGCGGCAAGUGGGACUUACUCCUACCCAACAUUGGCAUAUCAGCCAUGCACAUGCAGCUCCUCAACAACGACAAAGUUGUCAUCUUUGAUCGAACUGAUAACGGUCGGUCCAACAUCUCACUUCCCAAAGGCAGAUGCGGGAACGACCCAAAUGACUGCACUGCCCACUCGGUGGAGUACGAUGUCGGUACCAACUCCGUCCGCCCCCUUAGGAUACUAACUGACCCCUGGUGCUCAUCGGGCGCCGUCAUGACAGACGGAACUUUAAUCCAAACUGGCGGUUUCAACCACGGCGAUCAUGCUGUAAGAGUUUACAAACCCUGCCGCGGUUAUUAUUGUGACUGGCAAGAAUUCAAAAAUGGCCUUACACAAAGAAGGUGGUAUGCCACGAAUCAUAUUUUACCGGACGGGAGGCAAAUUAUUAUCGGCGGUCGCCGGCAGUUUAAUUACGAAUUUUACCCAAAAACACCCUCGGGUGAUAAAUCAUACUUUUUGCCAUUUCUGGCUCGGACGAAUGAUCCAAAAACUGAGAACAAUUUGUAUCCAUUUGUAUUUCUGAAUGUUGAUGGGAAUCUGUUCAUUUUCGCCAAUAAUCGAGCUAUUUUAUUCGAUUAUACUAAAGGGAAGGUGGCGAAAACUUACCCGACGAUGCCAGGUGGGGAGCCGAGAAAUUAUCCGAGUACUGGUUCUGCCGUUUUGCUUCCGUUGAAAAACUUGCAAGGACGCGCCAUUGGAGCUGAAGUUUUGGUUUGCGGUGGUGCACCAAAAGGAGCAUAUCUUAGAGCAAAAAAUAAUGGUAAUUUUGUUAAUGCACUAAGCUCGUGCGGAAGAAUUCAAAUCACGGCAUUCAAUCCACAGUGGACCAUGGAAACCAUGCCUUUGGCUAGAGUCAUGGGUGACAUGGUAUUGCUACCAAAUGGAAAAGUCUUGUUUAUCAAUGGGGCAUCAAUGGGUACAGCAGGGUGGGAUUUGGGCCGUAAUCCGGUUUUGUCACCGGUUAUUUAUCAUCCCGAUAAAUUGAAAGGAUCAAGAUUUGAAGUACAAAAAUCAAGUGCCACGCCCCGAAUGUAUCACUCAACUGCAAUAUUGCUACGCGAUGGCCGAGUUCUUGUUGGUGGUAGCAAUCCUCAUCCUAAAUACAGUUUUAUGAGAAUUCCCUUCCCAACAGAUUUGAGCUUAGAAGCAUUUUCACCUUCGUAUUUGGAUCCAAAAUCUGUGAGUUUGCGACCAAAAAUAUUUUCUCCGGCUUCACAAUCUGUAAUCGGGUAUGGACAACAACUCACUAUUAAGUUCACUAUUCCUCCCGGCAGGCUAAAUAAAAGUUCGGUAAUGGUGACAAUUGUUGCACCUUCAUUUACUACACAUUCUUUUGCAAUGAAUCAAAGAUUAUUGAUUCUUAGUGGAGGAAACGUAACGGCUAUCGGGCUAUCAAAAUAUAAAAUUCGAGUGGUGACACCAAGUUCAAAAAAUGUCACACCACCUGGUUACUAUCUUUUAUUUGUGGUUCGCCAGGAUGUUCCUAGUGAAGGUAUUUGGGUCCAAAUCAAGUAA